CCCACGCCAUUUCCUCCCCAUUUGCAGGCUGAGAGGAAGUUUCAAGUAUUCAUAGUUCAGUGUGAGUUUACCAGUGUUUCAGCUAGGCGAAAGAAAUGUUCGCCAUAUUUUGAUUACAGUGUUAAGUGUGCUCCUUCCGAAGUCGCGGCUGCCGGACACUUGUUUUACGACAACGAACUGUAGGCUAUAGCCAGUUGCUGAUGGCAUGGGUUUAGAUGUCCAGUCCAACUGUUGCUUUAAUUUGUACAAGGUAACUCAGACAAUCAAUGUAGAUGCGGACGACAUGUUGUGUGAUUCAAGAGCUCGAGGUAUUAAACGGAAAUAUGGUGACGACAAAGAGUGUGAAUUACCUUCUUCGCUCUACUUAACCCAGCGUCAGGAGGUGUUCAGUAUCAGUUUGUGUAAACGAAACAAACUCUUGCAUACUCUAAGUCUGAGACAAUCCGUUCUCAUCUGUAACACUCUACGGAAAAUCCAAAGAGAAUUUGAUCAGGAAGGAAUAGAAAUUAACUGUGCUUCUAAUGGACAUUUUAUUAUGUCCUCUGUAAACCCACAGAUCAUGACUCUUGACCCACCACCGAUUCCAAGCCAAACCAAAUUAGGAUGUUGCCCACAGAAAUUUUCAGAGAACACUGACUAUCAUGAGAUAGAACCAAACCUUCUUCAAACAUGCCCCACUGAUACGUCGCAGCCAAAAGCGUAUUCAGUUAAUAGCUACUCCUUGAAAUCUACUUUAUUAACUGCAUAUCAAAAUAAACCGCCGUCACAGGCAGAGGAGCAGCUUACUAGGAAGCUGCAUGAUAGCUCUUUAGUGAACAGCUCCUUGCCCAAGACCUGCACAACAACAACAACAGUGGAAAUCGUACAGAGGCAGAAUGGUAAUACAUCCGCUGAAGAGUGUGACAGAUAUCUGACGGAGUUCGAUACGCCCUCUGGAAGGAUAACGCCUUUUGUAAAGACAUUACAUAGUUCUAGUGCAGUUUGGAAUGAUGACAAUGACGGACUAAGGAGUUUGAACUGGAGCUCAGUACUUAAUUGUAAUUCCUCAUCAACUAGUGCUGCCAUUAGUACUUUAACAACGGAAGAAGAACUUGGUGACGAUUGCCGAUGCGUACACAGUUCUGCAUCAAGCGAAUCAUCUGGAGUAUUCGAAACGUCCUUACACACACUUCUACCUGCCACUUGUAGCCCCACGUCAGAAUUAAGUUUAAAUUUCUCUCAUCUAACUUUGCCCUCAUGUUCCAGUCCAGACUCUAAUUCUGGAAGUACUUCCAGCUCUAACUCAGGGUAUGAAAUAUUUGGUGAUAUAGACAUGUCACUUUACGACUUUGAUCUUUACUCACCUUUGUCCACCCCGAAUGUAAAACUGGCCCCGGUUAGUGCGGAAGAGCUUAUGACGUCACUUACAUAAAAUGGUCAGUCAGGUAUAGUGGCUGACUUGAGAGAAAAGAGAAAUGAAGACGGAAACUCCAGUGGUCUCAUAAUGUUUGAAAGACAGGAUAGUCACUUGCAUCGAAUCUUUUUUUUUAAUCACCUUUUCAGUGUAGUGCGUGUAGCCUUUCUGAACACAUGAAUCUUUUUCAUUUCAAAAGCUGUGUUAAUGAAUACAAAUAAUAGUUUUUACUGGUUAGCUGCGGUUAAUUAACAGAAAGCAAGAAUUACAUUGUAAAUUAACUUGUUUUUUAACUUAGAUGUUACAAAAAUUCAAAAGAAAGUUCCUCGUGUCACAAAUUCAACUGUAAAAAUAUAUCUUUGUACUAAAAACGAAUGCUUUAUUCUCUCGAUGUCGUGCAAAACACUGGUUUACUUGUAUUCAUAAUUAAAUCAUGAGCCUUGGAUUAAUAUAGGGACCAAAUCUGAAACUCCCAGGUGGCUCAGCGGAAAGCCUCGAAAAAUAGGUUUCGAUACUCGUGGUGAGCAGAGCGCAAA